AUGCUGCCGUACUCCAGCGGACUGAUAGUGGACAAAGCGAAUAAUUAUGGUAUAGUGAAAACAGAGACGGUAUUUGGUUUCAGCCCAACUAGCCAUGGUAACUAUAUGAACGAUAGCUUUAAUUCUACUGAGCCACUCGAGUGGAUAAUAACUCGUGGAAAUUUUGCUCCUAGAUCUUUACAAGGAGUAACUAAAGAAGAAGUAGGACGAUACUUACAGGACCAACCUAAAACAUUGACUAAACAUACUAAAAAGAAAAGAAAAAAACUAUCCAAGAAGAAACGCCAGGGCAAAGGUAAAGGAAAGAAAUGCAUUUUCAAAGUAAUCAAGAACAAUAAAAUGAAGAAUAGAAGAGGUGGUAUCAAGAAUCCAAAGAAGAAAUAUAUGAUGCCAUUGAUCUUAGGGCUACUUGCUGCCAAGAGUCUGCUUAUUCCUAUUGCCUUGAAGGCUUUGGCUUUUAUGUCAGCGAAAGCUUUUAUGAUGGGAUUCUUUUCAACUGUGUUGGCCUCCGUUCUUAGUCUCAAGGGUUUAUUUGAUCACGGCCAUGGCUAUGUAAACAGGAAAGAGGACACAAAAACUCAGGUUGAAAUCAUCCAGGUACCUUCGAAGUCUGAAGACCACGUGCAUUAUGAUGAACAUUAUAAAAAAGGAGAUUUGGUGCCUAUUUUGGUUAAUGAAGGAGGAAGCUUCAUUUGA